ACUCCACAUUAACGUCCACCCAGAGCACUGAAAAAGAGUUUGAGGAGCAAUACAAGACAAACUGACACAGACACAGAGAGAGAGAAAGAGCGCAGGAUAGAAGAGAAGGGAUUUCUUUACCGAGAGGGAUUCCCCACCCAGGGAAACGGAGGUGUGCUGGCAAACUCUCGCAGUCAUGAACAGAAGCUGGAGAUGAAGAUGACAUCUGGAAGCAGCUGAAGCUGUCAGGCUUCAUGUCUCCAUCCUCCCCUGAGGGAGGACAAGAAGAUGAGUGUCACCAAUCAUCACUGCUUCAACAUCCUGACCAUCAUCUUCCUCGUUCUGACUACUACAGCUCUCUCUGCUCAUUUUCGGGUGUGUGAGUCUUACACCGACCACAAAGGGCGCUACCACUUUGGAUUCCACUGUCCUCGACUCUCAGACAACAAGACGUACAUGUUCUGCUGCCACCAUAACAACACGGCCUUCAAGUACUGCUGCAACGAUACUGAGUUUCAAACAGUCAUGCAGGUCAACCUGACCACGUCUCCAGACGGCUACGCUCACAACAAUUACUCUGCAUUAAUCGGCGUGUGGAUCUACGGAUUCUUCGUCAUGGUGCUGCUAGCACUUGAUUUUCUGUAUUACUCGGCCAUGAACUACGAGGUGUGCCGAGUUUAUCUGGAGAAGUGCGGCUUGGGCGGCCGCUGGCUGAAACAGGCCCGGGGUCAGUGGCACGGCGAGGGACAGGAGGAAAGAGACGGACGGCCCGCUCAACCCACAGCUCCGUCACAACCUCAAGAGCAGCAUCAUGAACACAGCUGCGGUCAGAUCAGACACAGCCUGACGAGCCCAGGACAGACCGCACACAAUACCACAACAGACUGAGAUUGACCAAAUGUAAGGACCAACUGUUGGAGUCCCCCGGUGAAGAAGUGCAUUAUGGGAAACAAACUGUAGUACAUGCCCCUGCCAGAUGGACCUACAUCACAGGGCCUGUUUGCCCCUGGCCUCUCGAUGUGGUCCAAAUCUCACAGGGUACGUCCCUCAACCCCUCGACAAACCCAGAAACUCAACUCAGAGCCAAAUGGAAAUGGUCCAAUGGUGGAACCAGAGAUUCUGAAGAGCGGCUGCACCGAGCCCUGUGGCACUCCGGAAGCACAUUUCUGACCAAAAUGGACUUUGAUGGACACAGAACUCACCCUGGACAUCUUUGGACGACCUAUGUAGCUGUUUCUGCACCAUUUUGCAAGCUCCUCUAGAUUAAACUCUCUGUAACUGUGCAGCGUCGGUUUAUUUAUUUGUAGUCAGGGAAAACGCUGAGUGAUGAAUUGAAGAUGUCAAAAAUCAUUUAAAACAUCUUUUAAAUCACUCUCAUGACUCAAAACUAGAAGUUAAAUGACCUUUUUUGCAGUAAAUGUCAACUCACAUGUCACGGCUGGUUUUGCGGUGAAGAUCAUAAGUGAAUGUCUGUUUUUAACUACUGCUGUGAUUUGACAUUUUCUUAUCUGUAAGAAUCGGCGAGGUACUGUAGCAAACUGUUGAAUUGAUUUUGUUUAAUGUACUGAAGAUCUCAUGGUGUAUGUUUGUCACGUUGUUUUGUUCAGCAGUGUAGCGAUUAUUUAUAGCGAUCAGUUGAGUUCUUAUAGACUUUAGUUUAGGAGUGAAAGGCCAAAAUAAACAUGAUUCCACACUUCUUUGCACCUGACAAAGGAGACACUUACAGAAAGGAAAGGUUUUGUUCUUUGUUUACCUUGGUAUUGCAAGGCAUUACCCAGCUAACAAAAAAUGUUUAGCGAACAUUAUGAAAAUGUUAUUUCUGCAUGAUCUCUGAACACACAUGGUUUUGUCAUGUUCAGAUUAAGAGGCUGAUGAUCACUCAGAACUAAAAACACAGAGCUCAGGAAUGUUGUUUUUUUUAAAACACAGAGGAAUGCCUCCUCCGCCAUGUUUCCAUUAAAUUUA